UCUAUGUUCCGUAAACUAAUCGAAGUCCGGAUUGUUGGGGUUCUGUAUGUUCAAGAUUCGAAAGUUUCGAUACUAAUUAGUUUUAAAUAUUAAUUGUACAAAAUGAGACUCACGUGUGCUUUACUCACAAGAAUGAAGCAUUGGUCAAAGGUGUAUUCGAAUUUACCGGACCGUUACAUAGACCGCGUGACAGAACAGAUUUAUUGGAAAACACCACGUGGAAAACCUCAGUACCUUCCACGGACGUUAAAACGUGAACGAAUUCACUUUUCUGUUCAUCGGCCAUGGACACAACCUUUUCAGUACGAAAAUCAGCCUAAUAGUACACAUCAAUUUGUGCACGUUGAGCCCAUAAAAAAUUGGAGUUUCUUCCGCGGAGAUCGUGUGGAAAUAUUAGUUGGUCCUGACAAAGGAAAACAAGGUUUUGUGAAAGAUAUUUACCAGGAGAGGAAUUGGAUUAUCGUAGCAGGAUUGAAUACAAAAUUGGAAUGUGUAGGUAAAACUAAAGACUACCCUGGAUAUUUUGUUCAAGUGGAAAAGCCUCUAUUGGUUACAACUCAAGUUUCAUUGGUCGACCCUUCCGAUCUAAAAUCUACACCUAUCGAAUGGAGGUACACGGAAGAAGGUGAGCACGUCCGAGUCUCCGCCAGAACCGGCAGGAUUAUUCCUAUUCCAGAAGGGAGCAAGGAAACUAUAGAUUAUAAGAAUCCUGAAGCGUACAUAGAUAAUCCCAAGGAUACAUUGGUGGAAGAUUUAAUGGAAGUAACAUUCGAUGCUCCUCUGAAAACAUUCGAGAUGGACAUCAUGGACAAAAUGGGUAUCAAAGAGGACCGUGUGCCAAAGAAAUAUUAUUGGUAUUAAUGUACAAAAACGUAAUAUCAAACGAACGAAUAGAAUUAGGUAUGUGAAUUUUGUUUUCAAAA